CUCUACCGACAGUGCCUGUGUCCUCACAAAGCUUACAUGAACUGUAUCACUGGCUACUUCAGUUUGGCGCAUAUGUUUUGCUUUUGUGCUCAUGAAUUUGGACGCGAGAUCACGAAGACAACAGAGGUAUUUUAGCCUCAGACAACAACAACAAAAAGAUACAAUAGAUUUUCGCAAACCUGGGGCUUGAACACAACAAUACCGACAUAAAGAGAGAUGACAGAGGGCCGGCUUUGUCAAGUGCUUCUUCUAGAUGACAGGCAGCUGGAACUGCUGGUCCAGCCAAAACUGUUGUCCAGAGAUCUCCUGGAUCUGGUUUCAUCGCAUUUCAACCUGAAAGAGAAAGAAUACUUUGGAAUCUCCUUUACAGAUGAGAGGGGUCAGAUAAAAUGGCUACAACUGGACCGCAGAGUACUGGACCAUGAUUUUUCCAAAAAGACUGGACCACUCGAAUUUAAAUUCCAAGUCAGGUUUUACAUUGAGAGUGUUGCAUAUCUGAAUGAUGCUACCACUGUUGAACUGUUUUUACGAAAUGCUCAGAUAUCUGUCUUCAAUGGAAACCUUGAAGUGGAGAGUGAGACCGUUUUUAAGUUGGCUGCAUACACUGUGCAGGAGACAAACGGAGACUACACAAGUGAUGAAAGUACAAGAUCAGCCUUGAAGAAGCUUCCAGCUUUCCCCACCACAGUUUUGAAAGAGCACCCAUCAUUAGCAUUCUGUGAAGAUAAAGUAAUCAAACAUUACCGAAAGCUGAAGGGUCUCAGUCGUGGACAGGCAAUUGUACGGUAUCUUACAUUAGUUGAAUCCUUACCUGCAUAUGGAGUUCAUUACUACAAAGUAAAGGAUAAACAGGACAUACCGUGGUGGUUGGGGAUCAGCUACAAAGGCAUCGGCCAGUACGACCUCCAAGACAAGCUCAAGCCACGAAAGCUCUUUCAGUGGAAGCAGCUUGAGAACUUGUAUUUUCGUGAGAAGAAGUUUGCCGUAGAGAUCGACGACCCUCAAAGAAGGACAGCAUCUAGACGCACAUUUGGUCAGUCCGGUCAGGUUAUCCACACAUGGUAUGCCAGCCACUCUUUGAUUAAAACCAUCUGGGUGAUGGCAAUCAGCCAACACCAGUUCUACCUUGACCGCAAGCAGAGUAAAGCAAAAAUAACCACAGCAAGAAGUUUAGGAGACAUUGCCAUGGAUCUUACAGAAACUGGAGCCCCAAGGAAGUUUGUCAGCAUGGAAAAUAAAGACAAGCUCAUCAUGGCAAGCAAUGGAAGUUUGGUCUCUUCAAAUUCUGCAGACAAUGAGGUGAAUGAGGAGCAGAAGAAAGAGAAGAUGGCAGAAUUGAAAAACAAACAGAGGAACUUGGUGGAACUUCUAGCACAAAAGGAGAAUGAGCUGAAGAAAAUCUGUAUCCGAGAAGCUGAGCUGACUGGGAUGUUACCUAAAGAGUACCCUCUUGCAUCAGGAGAGAAGCCUCCUACUGUUAGAAGACGCGUGGGAGCUGCUUUCAAAUUGGAUGAUCUUUUCCCUUAUGAUGCGGACCCUCAGAUAAGAAAACUGGAGAGCCGCUUUGCUCUCCAGCAGAAGAUUGUGGAGGCAGCACAAAAACUUGCCUAUGAAAAUGAGCUCUGUAAAACCGUGAAGAAGAAGCGGAAGAGAAACCUUGUGGAUGCUUCCAAAAAGCUCCUGGAGAUCGAAAAUGAGAUUAAUGAUUACAGAAUGAAGAUUGGCAAGGAGCCCACACAAAGAGCUUCCGUCAUCAUUCCUGAUGAUGUGAACCUUGACAACCUUUCCGACAGUCUUAAUUUGGAGGAUGAAGAACCAUCUCAGAGACAACGUUCACGUUCAGUGCAGUAUUCUCCACACCCCAACUCGUCAAACUCCUACCCUGCACCGUGCUAUUCAGACCAUGUAGAUCCCACCAAUUAUAUUUACCAGGACUGCAGCAGAUUAAAUUAUGGCGAAGUCCAAGAUCCUUUGGCCUACACACACGGAAACACCUUAUCGACACACAGCAGCCCCUAUCGUCCACCCUCACGACAAGCCCGGGACUCGCAGAGCAUGCCCCCCACUCCGCAACUUCCCCGCAAUGCCUACAGCAGCAUCCAGCUCAGCACUCAUUGUCGGCAGCGCAGUGGCAGUCUGGAAUCUCAAUCGCAGUUCCUUACAGAGAGCGAGCCAUCCGAGCCCAUCUUCACCAUCUCUCCUCCUCGCCGUAGCAACAGCACCGAAAUCCUUGACGAUGGCUCCUCCUACACCAGCCAGUCUAGCGUAGAGUACUCUGCACCCAGCUACUAUUCCCGUGCCCAAAAUCGCCAUAGAAGAAGGCAAGGCAACAUUUACGCCAACACUGGAAGCAUGCCUAAUCUAGCCCAAAAUGACUCAAGGUGUUAUACCACCCAACCUCAGCAGCAACCAACCACCACAGUCUAUUACGUUACCGGAAACCCACGGUACAUAGAACCCGAGGUGUACCCAAAUGGACCAUACAUGUACGAGACUGAGAUGGAGGGGCACUAUAAUGUUAACCCCUCCUACCACAGACAUGACCCCCACGGGAACUACAGCCAGGAUGAAAUGGAUGGGAUGUCUCAGAACCUUUAUGCCACUUUAAGGCCACAAAGGAACCGUCCUCCAUCUAGAAAUGAGAACUUUGUCAAAAGCAUGCAAAGAGCGGAAGUUGUGGAACACUUGCGAGGUUGGUACCAUCGACAACACAAACAACAAGUCUACGACACCUACAGAGGUCCCCAGCAGAACCUCGGCUAUAGGACCAUGUCUUCAAGUUAUGUACACAGCGACAGUACAGCUUCCUACUCGUCAGUUGGUUCAGGGAACUGGCACGGUCGACCAGUCAUGGGAAUGUCGGAGUAUGAUAUGCCUCUUCCACACCAUCAGCCCUAUGGCUAUAGCACUGUCCAUCACAGUCACCCCUUACACAGCAGAUCGUACAUGGAUGUGAACCAACUUGAUUCUCACAUGAGCAGUCCAAUGGACAGCAGUUUUGACUCCGAAGACCAGCGUACACUUCAUUGGCACGAGGACUCGAAACCAGGAACAAUAGUGUAGAGAGCAAGAAAAACUGUUUCAUUCUUUUUCACUUAUUAUGUGCCUUGUUUUCAUUCUCAUCACAUUUUUCUAAUUAAUGGUAAGGAGUUUAAAAGUCUGAAAUGCAACAACCUCUACAGGAAUGUUAUCAGAUAAGAGCCUUAAAAAAGAUGUGCUAGUUGAUCCUGCUGGGUGACUUCAGAAAGGACAAAGCAUUCUGUGAACAGACCUAUGGGAAGCUCUGAGUCGCUACAUAACUAAAGUGAUAGCACUAUGACUGAACUGCUGUUGAAACUUCGGCCUUUGAUGCUGUGUUGUACAGUGAACAGAAUGGAGUGAAUACAUUUUCAUCCACUCGACGUGACAAUGAAGGAUAUUGCAGACAUUGAGAACUACAUCAGGCACAAACAUUGAUAUGAAGGAUUGAGACUAGGCAAAUUUCUUACGGUCAAAGUCUAGCCAAAAUAUUUUUAAAGCUUUUUUUUUCACACUUGGAUUGUAAAUGUCAUUCAUAUGCUGAUCUCAUCAUUUCUUGAGAAACCUUUUACAGUGUUUUUGUAUUCAAAACCCUUAAUCUGAAAGUACUUGGAAUGUGACCGAGCAAGAAAAGCCUUCUAUUCAGUGUUUUCUCACACUUUCAGUUGAUGUGCAUUCACAAUACAGGCAUCAUUCCAGAUCCUUUGUUGCUUUGCACUUGUACUGUGACACCUGUGUACCAUUUCUAACUUGGUUCACAACCAGAAACAAAGUUCUUUAUUAGUGUGCUACUAACUUAGACCAGUCACAAGCAGUAUUACUGACAUGUAUUGCACAUGCCAAGUACUAGUAAAUCAUGCAUGGGUUUAAUAUUUUACUUUGCGUCAGCCAUUGCAAAGUAUUUAAAUGUCUUCUUUGAAUCCUGCUGUGAGUGUUCUAAGAAACAACUAAUUAAAGAGAAGGUCACUAACUGUCAGGUACAAUAAUUUUGGACAUUUAAAACUGCACUUUUAAACCCAAAUGGACUCACCACUUGUGAUAGGAAACUAUGAGCUUGCGCAUAGCAUCUUUCUCUAGCUCUCCAGAAUGGAGCUGUAUACUCUUAUGUAUUUGUAAAUUAUGUAAAAAGGCUUGUUACCUUUUUAUACCUUUUUUUAGAGAUUUGUUUUUAUCAUUUUGAAAGAUUUUUUUUUUAAAGCAUAUAAUAUAUAGAUGGGAUUUGUCAAGCUGAUUCUUAGAAAUUUCUUGAAAGAAAAUUCAUUUGAAUUAAAUGAGAA